CGAUGACGUUCGAAUGCACACUGAGCGCAACGUGCAAACAUGGCAUUGGUUGGUGGCACAACAGCAGUGUCUGGGAACGGGAUGGCGCACUCACACACACACACACACACACGCCGCACACGCGCAAGCAAGCAGCACAGCAAGUGACUUGAGGCAGGCAGCCUACUACGUACACACGCUUCGCAAUUCAACACAGCGUUGCAAGACACCGCGUUUGCCGCGUCAUUUGCCAUUUACAUCCCCAGCACAGACACCGCCGCAGCCAGCACGUCCAGUCGUUGGCUUGGCCAUAGCCACAACCACAAAAAAGCGAGGCCGGUGCUUCUUCACAGGUGAAGGACUGAAGCGUCAACGUCAGCCACGACACCAUCCACAACCACCACCACAGCUACAACGACCAUCCACAACGACAGCCUCGCUUGCCAGGCAAGAUGGUCCUGUCGACAGGCAGUAGAGGCACAACGGUGGCGAUAGCGCUGUGUCUGGCAGUGCUGCUGUCCACCAUUACCACACUUGCUACGGCGACGGCAACAGACCGAAAGCUGCUCUUCAUCGUCGACCCACUCUACACCCAGUAUGAACUCCAAGACCGGGGCACAUGGAAGCAAGUCACAAAGUUUGCCCGCCAAGUGGUGUUCAAGAUUGCUGCCCACGAUCGCGACCUGAGUGCAAUGGCAGCAACCUACUCCACCACACAAGUGGUCACGCGAGGCACCAUGACAGCAGAUGCCCGCGCCUCGGCGUCAACCUUCACCACCCUCCCCGAUUCACCGAGCACACGCGGCAUGGGCGCAGCCGUCGUCGGUGUCAUCGCCCACUUCCAAGACAAGCAGGACCUGUCAGCAACAACGCUGGUGCUGUUGUCGUCGGGGACAACGCGCGAGUCUGAGCAAGUGCUGGCCACAGUCGCCGACCUCAUUGCACUGCGUCGCCUCCAGGUGCUCAUGCUGUCGCUGCCGCCCCAUAACCGCGCACGGCGGCAGCUGAGCGACGGGCAGCAGACACUCACGGCGCUGGUCCCUGAGGACAAUACGCUCUUUUUCGAUGACCUCGGGGGCGCAAAGCCAAUCGACGCAGCGGGCUGGCUGCUGGGCCAAACACUGACAACGACAACCACAGCCGUGACGACGACAACAAGCACAGCUGGCACUACGACAGCCACGUUCAGCAGCAGUGAUGGUACUACCUCGACAAAACUAGCUUCAUCUUCUCGUUUGUCGUCAGCAGGCACGAGACAACAACAACAACAACAACAACAACAACAACAACAACUACAACAACAACUACAACAACAACAACAACAACAACAACAACAACAACAACAACUACAACAACAACAACAACAACAACAACAACAACUACAACAACAACAACUACAACAACUACUACAACUGAGACAACAACUACAACAACUGAGACAAUAA